AUGAAUUCUUCGCAAGCAGCCCUUUUUCGGUUCUUUGACUAUCAAUGGUACGCCAACGACACUCUCAGCAAUGAUACGUACUGUUGUGUGUACAACGAUGAGUAUGUCCCCACCAUCGACGACGAUGGCACACUUGUCGGUGUGCAUUGUGACUCGCCCAUUUUACCCAUUGGUCCCCAUGGCAGGACUGGCGUUCUCAUUUCCGUUAUCUGUUUCGUCCUUGUUGCGUUCAUCCUCCCCAACAUGAUAAAACAUGGUUGGGCAUGUCCGCACAACCCUUGCACAGCACGGUGCAGGCGAAGAGCUGAGUGGAUUUUUUUAACCUUCAUGCUCUUCUUGCUAGCGUUUGCCGGACUUGACUGGAUUGAAAUCGACCGCGCGAUACUGCCGGGCAAUUAUGUCGCCCUGCUAGGUUUCCUCUUUCAGGCGGGCACUUGUGCUUGUUUGGCAUCUUUAUGGCACUUCGUCUCAUCGUACGGUUAUGGUCGCCGCGUGUACCUGCUUGCACAAAACCAGACUAUAGAGAAGCUCGACUCACGCGAUCACUGGAUCUACGGGUUCGAGUUUUACGUGCCCGUUCUGUUUUACAUUUUACUACUCAUAACUUUUUUUCUCGAUGCCUUGCGACCAUGGGCAGCAAUUACGGAGGGGAAUCUGGAUGUUGUGGUAGAUUCUCGCGCAAAAGUCGCUUGUGUCUUCUUAACACUUUGCUGGUUAGCAAUCCUUGGACAGUUCCUCGUCUAUCGAAAAUUCUACGGCAACUGUCCUAGACAACGCGACACAGCAAUCCUGUUCCUCCUCUUGUGUUUCAUUCCUCGAAUUAUUUUCCAGUUUGUUGGUGCUUGGAAUGCACAGCUGCACUUGUACAACGAGGAUGUCCGCUCGGCAUAUGUUUUUGUCAUCGGCUUUCUGCCCAUGAUUGUAAUUGCUCUAUACGGCAUCUGUUAUGGUUACUUUGCGCCCAACACACAAGAAUUACAAAAGCAGGCUACUGCAUCUACUGAGGAAGACGGUCAUGAUCAGCCUCCGUCCGGAGAGCAAGUCAACACUUCUUCUCACAAGGCUGACCAAGCCAGUUUGAUCUCGGUGGACAUGGCGAGCAAGGAGAAACUGAACAAGUCGCAAGACGUGAACGUCUCAGUGCGACCGUUGAUGUAG